ACUAAUAACUUGUAUGCCUGCAAACGGUACGACGAUGACUUGGCUAUAAAUGUCUGAAUCGACGUUCAGGCAAUUACUAUUUCUACUGCGUAGGCCUUCCCAAAGCAGCACAGACCUUGAGGCUUGAAGAGAGGAGAUCGGAUUUGUCGGGGGUCAAAGGUCUAGAAUAAGUUUUAAAAUCUCGGUUACGAAGUAAGAUUAGGUAAUGCUGCACCGAUAGUACGAAGUUAACCUCCGUCGGAACAAGUUGAACAUGUUCGGUGACUCGCUCGAUGUCUCUGCGCCCUAAACUCUUCGUUGAAUCUGUGAAGAAAGUUAAGACGAAAUGUUAAAUACACAUUCGGUGGUUUUUCCCAUCCUUGCCGCGGUAGGGAUUAUAGUAGCCACAGCAUGGGCGGCAAAAGUUUACAUAUCCAAAGGAAAAUCCGGAGGUCGCAAGAAGAGGUCUUCGCCAGUUACUCUUGUUGAUCCAACGACAAAGUACCCGUUGCCAUUAUCAGAAAAAGAAGUACUAAGCCAUGACACACGUCGCUAUCGGUUUCAACUUCCAUCGUCUCAACACAUUCUGGGCCUUCCUACCGGACAGCACAUUCAUCUCUCAGCCAAGAUCGGAGGAGAUGUAGUGAUCAGAGCUUAUACGCCUGUAUCAAGUGAUGAAGAUCAUGGCUUUGUAGAUCUCGUCGUCAAGGUGUAUUUCAAAAAUGUCCACCCGAAAUUCCCUGAUGGUGGCAAAAUGUCGCAAUAUUUGGAAAGUCUGAAAAUUGGCGACACUAUCGAUUUCCGUGGUCCUUCUGGCCGCCUUGUUUACAACGGGGCUGGCAGUUUCUCCAUAAAGGUUCUCAGGAAAGAUCCGCCAGUACAACAUUCCGUUAAGAAGUUGGCUAUGAUCGCUGGAGGAACCGGUAUCACGCCGAUGCUGCAGCUAAUCCGUCAGAUAACCAAGGAUCCGUCGGACGAUACUCAACUCGCUUUGUUAUUCGCAAACCAAACGGAAAAGGACAUAUUAUUACGAGAUGAAUUGGAAACGGUUGCAAAGGCGCAUCCUCAACAGUUUAAACUUUGGUAUACGCUUGAUACGAGUAGCGAAGGUUGGCAGUACAGUACUGGCCACAUAAACGCGGAUAUGAUAUCAAAGCAUCUCUUCCCCCCAUCUGAUGACACUAUCGUUCUGAUGUGCGGCCCUCCUCCCAUGAUAAACUUUGCCUGCAAUCCGAAUCUGGAUAAACUCGGUUAUGACGCUAAGCUCAGGUUUGCUUAUUAAUUAUGUUACGGUUACGAAACUAUUCUACACGUUCUCCCACUUGAAUCUCUAGCGAGAAGUAUAUUUUGUGUAAUCACUACCGUUAAAACUGUACGUAAUAUUCGGGGUUUGUUGCGAAUACGGACCCCCGUUGUUUUGCCGUUGAUUUCUUUCAAUUUCAAAUGAUCCGUCGUAGGUAGCGAACCUUGAUUCAGUGCAUCAUUCGGUAUGAUUGUACAAAGUAUAUAGCCUUUGUAGAAUUGUUGCGUAUUGUAGACAAUCGUUAGUAAUUGUGAAAAAAAUAAAAUCGAGUAAAACUUGAA